CUGCUGAGAUCAGUUCCGGCGGGUGACGGUGCGGACGGGUCAGAAGCGUAGAGGCGGCGGCAAAAUGGCGGCGCCUGAGGAGCGGGAUCUAACCCAGGAGCAGACAGAGAAGCUGCUGCAGUUUCAGGAUCUGACUGGCAUAGAAUCUAUGGAUCAAUGUCGCCAUACCUUGGAACAGCAUAACUGGAACAUAGAGGCUGCUGUACAGGACAGACUGAAUGAGCAAGAGGGUGUACCAAGUGUUUUCAACCCGCCUCCAUCCCGACCCCUGCAGGUUAAUACAGCCGACAACAGGAUCUACAGCUAUGUUGUCUCAAGACCACAGCCAAGGGGGCUGCUUGGAUGGGGUUAUUACUUGAUAAUGCUUCCAUUCCGGUUUACCUAUUACACAAUACUUGAUAUAUUUAGGUUUGCUCUUCGUUUUAUACGGCCUGACCCUCGCAGCCGGGUCACUGACCCUGUUGGGGACAUUGUUUCAUUUAUGCACUCUUUCGAAGAGAAAUAUGGGAGGGCACACCCUGUCUUCUACCAGGGAACGUACAGCCAGGCACUGAACGAUGCCAAGCGGGAGCUUCGUUUUCUUUUGGUUUAUCUUCAUGGAGAUGAUCAUCAGGACUCUGAUGAAUUCUGUCGCAACACCCUCUGUGCCCCUGAAGUUAUUUCUCUAAUAAACACUAGGAUGCUCUUCUGGGCAUGCUCCACAAACAGACCUGAGGGCUACAGGGUCUCACAGGCUUUACGAGAGAACACAUAUCCAUUCCUGGCCAUGAUUAUGCUGAAGGACCGGAGGAUGACUGUGGUGGGACGGCUUGAAGGCCUCAUCCAACCUGAUGACCUCAUUAAUCAGCUGACAUUUAUUAUGGAUGCAAACCAGACUUACCUGGUGUCAGAACGCCUAGAAAGGGAAGAACGAAACCAGACCCAGGUGCUGAGGCAGCAGCAGGAUGAGGCGUACCUGGCCUCUCUCAGGGCUGACCAGGAGAAAGAAAGGAAGAAGCGGGAGGAGCGAGAGCGGAAGCGGCGGAAGGAGGAGGAGGUGAAACAGCAAAAGUUGGCGGAGGAGCGGCGGCGAAGGGAUUUACAGGAGGAGAAGGAAAGGAAGUUGGAGUGCCUGCCCCCUGAGCCUUCCCCUGAUGACCCUGAAAGUGUCAAGAUCAUUUUCAAAUUACCUAAUGAUUCUCGAGUAGAGAGACGAUUCCACUUUUCACAGUCUUUAACAGUAAUCCACGACUUCUUAUUCUCCUUAAAAGAAAGCCCUGAAAAGUUUCAGAUUGAAGCUAAUUUUCCCCGGCGCGUGCUGCCCUGCAUCCCUUCAGAGGAGUGGCCCAACCCCCCCACGCUGCAGGAGGCCGGACUCAGCCACACAGAAGUUCUCUUUGUUCAGGACCUAACAGACGAAUGACACUUUUCUUCCUCUCCCCUCCCACCCCAAUCCCUAAGAGAAAUGGAAAAAACAAAAACAAAAAAAAGAGAGAAAUUCAUAUUAUUAUUAUUAUAAUACAAUAUUUUUUUUAAAAAAACUGCUGCAUCCUAAGGAAGGAUCAGAAACCAUGCUGCCUGCAAGAGUCACCACCACCUGUGCACACGAGGUUAGCAGUGGACGUCCCAGCCGGCAAGCCCAUCUUUUCCCUACUGCCUCUGCACCACAUACCUUCCAGCGAGAGGAGACUCUUCACCUCCAACCCAGCCGUUGUCCCAGCUGGGGAGGGGACAUUCCCACUAGUUCUCAUUCAUUCUCGCUUUUAUGGAAAAUAAAAGUGAAAAAUCUCCAUCAACCAGCUACUGCAGCAUCUCCUAAGGACUUGCUUCUCCUGCCUCCGGAGAAGAGGGAAGAGAAGGCACAGCUCAGAUGUUCCUUGAACUUCCCACAAUUUAUGAAUAACUUCAGUUUUUUCUGUUGCUUUGUAUUGACCAAAGGAAUGAGGCUGACAUAGGUGUAUUUUCUUUUUCUUUACUUGAUAAAGAGCCAAUUCUUAAACCCAUGAAUUCAUGCCCUGUGCUCUUUAGCCCACAAGAGUACAAUAAAAGUGCCCCGGGCUGGUUUGUGCUUAUUUCUGCCAUUGCCCCUCUCAAGUUCCCAGAGAGGUCAUUCUUUUCGGUCCAAUUCUUACUGUCCUUUCUCGCCACCUAUGUACCCCACUUGGAGCAGUGGGAGAUCUGGGAUGGCAGCCCCUGCAAAGGCUGUGAUGUGCAGACACACCCAUACAUGCGCCGUGAGCUCCAUGUGCUCUCUGUACACAUGACUGCAGCUUUUCCUUGGCAACUGUACCAGGUGGUUAUUGCGGGGUCUCAACCAAAGGAUAGCAGCUCUUCAUUCCUCUUCUGACACAUGCAUGCUGUUCCUGCCCAGCCCUGGGCUUUCCUGAAUUGCCAAGCUUGGUGCCUUUCCAGAGGACUAGCAGGGCCUGUGGUGGAACCAGCAAAACCUUGUGAGAGUGUUCUGCCUCUCUCGGUGGGCACGUGGUGGUAGUGGUGGUCUAAAGAUAGAAAAGUAGAGGCCUUGAGGGGAGCAAGAUCACUCUCAGCCUGUGUAAACUGUUAGAAGGCCGAUUUCAGUUUCUGAUGUAGCUACCUGCUGGAGGCAGUUUUUAUCUUCUUCCUCUAUUGCUAUGUUGAAGUAAUAGGGUUUUUUAACCUCUGGAUGUCUCAUCUGUGGUUGAGUUUAUAGAAAUGGGUAAAUGGGUCAGGCCACGUCUUAACAGAUGCCAGCUUGAGCUGACAAGCAUUCCAAAGUGUUCCAUAGCUAGACUGGUGCAGACUCGUCAGAACACUGCAACUUCCUGAAGUUACUAGUUCUUAGCAUGCUGUGAGGCCAGAGGUUCCUGUCAAGAUAAAGCAAAACUUGCUGGAUUUGCGGUCUCCAAAGGCUUCCUCUCUUGCUUAACUAAAACUCAAGGACGUCUUAGGCAGCAGUGACCUGGCUGCCGUUCUCUGCAGUGCAAGGAGCCUCAUGGGUGUCACCUCUGGAGCCAGAGAAUUUCCCAGUGUGGUCUUGGCACAGGUGUCUAGAACACCAUCUCUAGAAAUUUCAUUCUGCUUCUGGCUACCUGUUAUUCUUACACUUUGUUUCCUGCUGUCCCAAGGCCAGAUGAGUGUGAAAUCGCUUUCUAUUGUCAUAAAAUGUAUCUGGAGUGAAUACCAGGAUAAACUAUGUUCUCCACUCAACCUUGUGUGAAGUCUGCUUCCUUCUGACAACUAUGCAAAGAGAAAUUUUUCCACUUAACUCACAGCCUCCCUCCCCCAGUGAAUUCGCAGCUGUUUCCCUGGCAGUACCACGGGGAAUUCAGGACCUUCGCUAGGUUGGGGUGUACUGCGGACCUUGCCCACACCUCUUUGGGAAGUUGUCAACUUUUUUCUUUUAUUCCAUCUGCAUCUUAUUCUACAAUGUGCACUUUAUGCCUCUUGCCUUUUGAUAACUUGUUUAGUGAAAGAGGUCGGAUGCCAGAAUAUUUAAAAGUUUCUGUUUUUGUCGGUACAACUCUUGGGACAGCCUACACAUUUACUUUAGGUUUCCAGAGGCUUCUCCUGAAGCACAUAUUCCUUACUAGCCUGUAUUGAAAUAGCCCUGCUUUACCCAGACCCCAUUUCUGUCUCCUUGCUGACCCUAGAGCUGCUGCCUAGGUGCCAUCUCCUUUCCUUCCGGAAAGAUGCACAUUUUGUCAAUGCCAGUACAAUCUGUAUGUUACUCCCAGGGACCUCUGGGAACUUGAUGGGACCUGCGAGGGAGAAAAUGUUGAGCUGGUGAUCUGCAAGCAUUUGCUCUUGUUUCCAAGUCACUCCUGGGUGAUUUCAGCUGUUGUUUCCAAAUGGCAAGUCAUCAACUAAAGAAAAACACUUGUGUCAAAUUUUGUUCUGCACUCCCCAGACUGAAGUUGCAGAUUCAGCUGCAUGACCAUGGGAAAUGACCAAGCGAAGACACCAUUGGAGUCAGUUGAAUUUCUGCAGCCUCAGUGGGGCCCUUCUAGUCUUUUCUUCCACUUCUGCAGAAUUUCCUGCAGCAAAUAAUUCUUUCUCCUUGCCUCCAUUACGAUGUUUGGAUAAGAGAUGGCCAGGGGAGAAUAUCUCUUGAAACUGAAAAGAACCUAGAAUCUUCAGCUGAGCAGUUAUUAUGAAAAUUGCUAAUGGUGCCAAGACCAAGGAAAGAAUUCCAGAAGAUGACUGUGGGAAGGAGCGAUAGCCCCCAGAAUGCAAAAUCAGGGGGGUAUCUGGUGCUUGAAGGAGAAUUCCCACUUCACAACCAGUUUUUCAGGACUUGUGAGGAACGUGGCAACAGGAAGUCCAUCCACAAAGGAUGCAGUGCCCCAACUUGGACUGCACCUGAAUAGUUACGUGUAAUUUACUGAAGAAAUCUAGUGUACUUUAAAUUUUUUUCAUAAAAGUUUACAUUGUAUUGUAGGUUAACAUUAAAUGUUUUAUAACAAAAAAUUUCGUAA